UUCUAUAAAUACGACCCGUUUGAAGUACCUACGAAUCGAGCCAGUGCGAAUUUUAGUAUAAUAUAGUUUAGUUCGUGUAAGUUUCCAUCUUGCUAGAACGUCUUAGUCACAAUGGGUAACACACGCAGUGCACCACAACAUGAAGAAGACAUAUGGUGGAACAACAAUUCUUCAGUUGACAAAAGUGACGAAGUUGAACCGAAAGAAGAAACACCAAGUGACCGUCAGCGGCGUCACAAACAGGAACUAGACGAGUUUAAGCUCGAACUAGCCCGAAAACACGAGAAACGUAGACAAAUAAUCGCCGAAAAGCGGAAAGAAAUGGAGGAUUUACGUGACCAAGUCAAACGUUUGAAGCAAGAAAACGAAGAAUUGAAGAAUGGAAGACUUACAAGUGGGCCGAACGACUUGGAAGAAAUCAAACGGAAUAAUCUCGAACUGAAAAUGACAGUUGCAACACUCCAGAAAGAUAUCCAAGACUUGAACAGUGAAGUAAUAAACUUUGAAAAAGAAAGAGCGGAUUAUAAAGCCCACGUUGUCGCUCUUAAAGACGUUGUGAGUGUUUCCAAGCAGAUGUUGAUGAUCCGGGAAGCACAAUUGAAGGAAAUGAGGGAAAAAAUCAAAGAAAUUGAAGCGUCUUUAGCUGGAAAGGAACUCAAAGUUUUGUCACAAGACUUGAAAGCUGAGUAUGAAAAACAGUUGCAAAAUAUCAGAAACUUGAGGAUUGUCUACGAAGAGCGACAACGUGCUGAUAAGAAGCAAAAAGACGAAUUGAAGAAUUUGGUAGAAGAAGUCAAGAAGGAGUUGCAAGACGAGAAGGAGAAAAAUUCAGAGCUUGGCGAAAACUUGGCCAGACUUGAAGAAGACAAUUCGAAAAAAUACGACGAAAUCAAAAAUUUAGAAUCAAAUUUGGGGUUGACGAAAGCCGAAUGUCGCCAGUAUCAAGCAGAAUUAUCAGUUAUUAAUCAAUUGUUCUCCCAAAUUCUUCUUGGUUUCAAAAACAACCAAGAAAUCGACAUCGACAAACUCAUUAAGCUGUUAGAGGAAAACCAUCACCUCCUCCAAGACAUUGCUGUUAAUGAAGAAUCCAAUCAAGUGUCAGCUCUUCCGAAAGUUCUUUUAGACCUAGUGAGCGAAGUGAGUGAGGAAGCAUCAAAAACAAACCCAGAAACACAAAUUUCCAACCAAGUGAACAGCGCAUCAGAAAUCGUUGAAAAUCUACCAAAAGUGUGGAAAGUCUUGAUUGAACUUUUGAGUCAUCAGAGUGCUCCCACAACCAAUGAAGACCCCAAGAAUGAAAAUCCUUGCUACAAAGUGGUGGAAGGUCCAAAAGGGCCUCAUUUGGUCCUGAGCGUAAGCCAGACUUUUAUCCGAUUGAAGGACUUGAUUUUGGAGAAAAAGUCCCUAGAGCGUGAAACUAACCGCCUCAAGCAGCUCAACACCCACUUGGAGGGCCGUCUCCAAGAGCAGGAAAAACGCCUAGAAUUGGUCUCAAAUGAACUCUCCGAGACUUGGCACGUGGUGGGCAAACUCCAAAAGAAGCACGAACUUCUCCACACACAAGAAAAAAUUCUCCGUUACGAAUUGGCCCAAAAACGCAAACUUUUAACCGAACUCAAAGGCGAACUCGAAUACAGCCGUGAAAAGUGGCAAGAAGCCAGAGAAAAAAAUUCAAAUACUGAAAAACAAUGGGAACAAUUGCGAAUCGAGUUCGCUUCGCGGAAAAACGGAGGAGGCGAUGAUUCCAACAACAGCAUCGAGAGUGGCUACAGCGACGACAAGGAGUCGUCGAGUGAAGACGAUUACGACAUCGACGAAAACAAAGAAAAGACAAUUGAUGCACGAGAAGAACGGUUGAUGCGUCUCGAAAGUCAGGCAAGUAGCUUGGUGAAACAAGUGACAAACACGACGAGUAGAGGGGAGGCCAUGGUUAGCAAAUUGGAUUCGUUGCAUGAGAUGUACGGGGAGGGGCAAGAGGAGGGAGAAACGUCAGGGCGGGGCGCUGAGUAAAGUACAAACUUUUGUACAAAAUUUAAGUAUUAUUGUGCUGUAAUAUUUUUGCAAUUGUUUUUAUAUGGCAAUACAAUAUUUAAUAAAGUUGUGUAAAAAAUCA